AUGUUGGGCAGAGUUUUAUGUGGCAUUAGUUUCGCACUAAUGUUGAAUACAGCUGUAGCAGGGGAUUCGAUAACUGACACAAAGAGUGGAGCCACCAGUUGCCCGCCAGGAGUUGGCUCAAUAACGGGAGCUCUGGGCUCCAGUCUUGGUAUAAAUGGCAUGGGACAAGUUUGUGGCAAAAACUCACCAUUCCAUUACUACGAGUGUUGUGGUACUGGUUAUGCUGAGUGCUGCUUCCGAUUGCAGUACGAUGUGUCUUCUGCAGACGCUAAGAUGACUGGAAUAAUGGAGGUUUGCCGGUUAUGCUCAGUUUUGAGAACAACGUUUGGUCGUCGGGAUCUUUAUAUUGUUAUAUUUGAAUUUCCUCGCAUCAGAAUACAGAAUAAUCCUGCGACUUUGCGGUUACGUAAUGUCUUACCUGUAUCUGUCACUGAGUCUCUUCCUGAUUCUACUUGUACAGGAUUAUCGUUUACUGCUUACGCUAUAUGUUUAUCAUCACAACAGAUGGCUGUUUAA